UCGUUCGCACGCAGGAUCGCGAGCAUGAACCCCGGAGAGGCCGGGCUGCGUCGGCGUCGGCGUCGGCGUUUUACGGCGUGGCGGUGGCGCGGCGGCUAGGUUCGCGUCGCGGCGCCUCGCGUCAGCGUCGCUGGGACCGUCGACGACGGAGGCAACAGUGGUGGCCAACGCAUCGCCAGAGCUAGAGAGCACACACGAGGACGGCGACGUCGCGGCGAAACGGAACGCAGCAGCGGCCACAGCCAGCAGAGGCGGCGGUAGCGGCGCUCUAGCUGCUGGCCGCGCCAGCGCCCUGCACGCAGCACCUUCAAACAGCCACGAAACCUAUUUAUACUCCGUCAACGUAGCGGACUACGUAGCGAGAACAGCGCCGUGUUCGGCCGCCCACGCGAGCAACAGCCCGAACGAACCGCGCCGCGAGCUCCACGACCACGAACCUCGUCGAUCCGUCGAGAGAGACGAGCGGCAGCGAGCAACAGCCAGCUCUCGGCAGACACCAUCGCCAAAGUCCAGUCCCUCGUCUACGUGUUGCUGGUCGUUGCCGAGUAAUCGCCAUAAUCGUCGUCGCUGGAGCCGACUACUACCUAACGAGACACGCUCUCUCGUCCAUCCAUCCAUCCAUCCAAAGUCGAACGCGCGCGCGCGCACACACGCGCAUAUAUAUACACACACACAGACACACAGACACACACGAUUCUCUGGCGAUCGUUCGCUGGUUCGAGAGGAUCAGAGGGAGAGAGGAGAAGAGAGACAAGUGGAGAAGAUCGCCGGUCGUGUGACGGUGUCGAUGGACGGUCGUGGCGACGACGAAAUCCUCAUGGGACAGGAUCAACGACAGAGGAGUCUGGCUAGCGGCGCGACCACCGCAGCCCACCCAUAGGGGACGCCAUUGAGAGUCUAUCUUCCCUUGGCGUGUGAUCGACCGUCGCGCAUCCGCCUUCCCUUCUCGCGUCGUGUGUCGAGCCGAUCUGCGCGCUCCGCGGCUACCACCGCGCGGCGGUUGCUCUCCUGUCGCCGGAGCUGCUCCGCUCGCUGGAUGGGGUUGGGUGUCGUCGUGCUGUCGUCCGGUCGUUGGGUGUCGUUGAACGUGUCCCGCUGGUGAUCGCGCUGGUGAUCCCGCUGCCGGCGGUGACUGCCGGUGCGUGGAGAAGCUCGGCUGGAGCUUUCGCGGCUGGACGAGCCAGCGGGCGGGAAAUGGCCGUUGGUGUACUGUUAUAAUGCGCGAGGACGAUCCGCUGGCUGGACCGAGUCGCGCCGAUUCGUGCGAUCGUUGUUGCUCAAGCAUCGCGACCACCGCCACCGCUACCACCGUCAGCCUAGUCCCGAGGAGCAUCGUCGAGAGGAUCGGUGAGCAGACUACGUGGAGCACGGCGAGCAAGGGGCGGCUCGCGUAGCCGAGCAUCGGCGCGUGUGGUGCGUGGUGCGCGCGUAUGUGUCCGUCCUAGUGAGUGCAGAGUGCAAAGUUGCUGGCGAUCGUAGAGAAUAUCGGCGAGAAGAGAGCUGCGUGGCGCGCGUGCUGGGAGCAUGCAGGGUUCGGGCGAGGCCCGUAGAGGCCUUAGUCCCGCUGCCGGACCGGGAUAAGGGUAACGUGUACGCGACGCGUGCCGUGAGCAGCAGGAUAAACGUCGGAUUAAAGGGUGCUUGGUCGCGGCACGACCGUCAACGUCCUUAAGCUCAGAUCGCAGGAACGCGGGAAGCGAGCUGGACUCGCUUUCGGGCGCAUGGAACAUGAUAGAGAUGUCGAGCGGAAUCGGUGCAACUGCAAUGGGGAUCGGCGUUAGUCACGGGACAGGGGGCGGCGAGGGUGUCGCCGGUGGGUGCCGGCUCCGCGCAGGCCAGGCGAGUGGAUCGUCGGCGAACCCGCAGCAGUCCUCUCAGCAGCAGCAACAGCAGCAACAGCAGCCACCCUCGUCGCAGCAGCCGCAGCAGCAACAGCAACGCCAGCCAUCCGGGAUCAUGGGCCGCUCGAAGAAGGACAACUGUUGCCUGUGCUGGUGCUGUUGUUGUAGUUGCUCGAAUAAAUGUUUGGCGGCGGUCCGCGGAAACACGGCGGGCGCAGGGGGCACGGGCGAGCAGACGAAGAAGAAGGGCAACGUCGUCGAGCACGAGGACGACGUGGACGAGCUGUGCGACACCGGGUACGGCCUGGACGGGCUGGACGGCCUGGACGGGCUGGACGGGAACGCGGAGUGCAGCCUGGAGGAGAUCAGGUCGUGGGCCUCGUCCUUCGACAAGCUGAUGAGGCACCCCAUUGGCCGCAAGUUCUUCAGGGUCCUGCUGAGCGAGUACAGCGAGGAGAACAUCGCGUUCUGGCUGGCCUGCGAGCAGCUGAAACGCGAGAGCAAUUCCGAGAAUAUCGAGGAGAACGCGCGCUACAUCUACGACCGUUACAUAUCCACAGUCUCGGAGAGAGAGGUGAGCCUGGACUCGCAAGUGCGCGAAAUAGUGAACCGUAACAUGGUGCAGCCGACGCCGCACACGUUCGACGAGGCCCAGUUGCAGAUCUACACCCUGAUGCACCGGGACUCGUAUCCCCGUUUCGUGAACAGCGAGAUCUAUCGGCGGUUGGAGAGACUAGGCUGCGGGACGACGGGGUCGAGCAACCAGGAGCACGCGACGGCCAAGUCGAAGGGGAAGAAGGGCACCACGUAAUCGCUCGUGGACGAUAAACGAUGGGGUGGCAGCGGACCAACAGCCUCCGUCUCUGAGCGGGUGCCCCGGGGCGACAUCGGGGACGCCGCGACGCUGUCAACGCUGGCCGAUGACGACGAAGGCCGGAGGACAUCGGCGCCAACAAACAUGGAGAACCCGGCACCGAGGUGUCGGGUGUCGCACCUCGAAUCUCUGCCCUCGUAUAAAAGCGAACAAAGAAAGGAGGAAAACGGAGGAAACAAUCGGAGAUCUCGAUCGCGGGGAUCUCGGAGGGAUCUUCUCCCUUGGUCGAAGAACACGAGCCGGAGGGAAGUUUCUCGAAGCGGAACUCGCGACUCGCUCUUCCACGCGACGCCACAUCGGGGCCAACGUGCACGAACUUGACGAUGGACUGAAAUAAACGAAUCGGGAGACUGGACGAGACGCGGAGGAACGCGAGCGAGGUGUAAGAGACGAAGAAACAAAGGAAGAACGGGAAAGAGGAACAUGGAGGCGAGGAGAAGCGAAACCGGAAGUGGAGAGAAAGAGAAGCACGCAGGAUCGCGUAGGUCGCGUUGAUUCAUUGACUCUUCCUUCCAGGACACUACGGUACACGCUCGUUCACGCGUGACACACACGAGUAUAGAUCGAGGAAUCGAAACGUACACAUACACACACAAACAUGCGCGCGCGCGCGGGUCGGUCGGGGAUGACGUUCAUCUUUCAAGGAAGUUCCUAGGUUCCAUCGUCUUUCGCGACUGAUCGUCGCCGAUGAUCUCUCUCUUUCUCCCACAGACACACGUACGACCCCCAACAACCCUGCUCGAUAACGAAUCAAUCGUGUCUUCUCUGUCUGUCCGCGAGCUUUUUCUUUUGUACCUUGUUUCUCCUUGUCCCGUCGCUUCAACCCCUUCUCUCUUUCUCGCUCUGUCAAUCGAACCCCUUUCAUCGUAAGCAUUAGGGAAGAUCUCGAGCGCGAGAUCCGUAGGGAGUCGCUGCUGCGGGACCGUUUGAAACUCGGGACACGGGAUGACUGUUCUCCCGUUUGCUUUACAAAAUCGUCUACCAUUUCGAAUUGACUUUUCCGUAUCGCGUUACACGCUUUUAUUUCCGUUCCAUUUCGUUUCUACGCGACAGAGAUCGCGCAAAGCAGACCGUGACCCGAGUUCUCGCAGCAUAGGGGGCGCUGCACGUUUCGAGAAACGCGGGUGUGUAAGAAACGUCGCCACACAAGCAAUAUCCAUCGCUGGAAACGUCUUUAUAAUCGAACCGAUCGCCGAACGCUCCGAAUCUCGAGGAAAUAUCGAAGUACCGUUGCCCAGUGACGUAUCAAGACGAGUGUCACCGCGACGAGGACCCCCUGUGAAAGAAAACGCUCUUUUCGACGACGAUAUUGCGUUUGCGAUGAAAAGAGUCACGUUUCACCCGGUGUUAUCUGUAAAGUGACGGACGAACCUGGAAAUCGAAGCGACGACGCCACGUUCGUCGCGUCACGAUCGCGAUUUCUGCAACGGGACCACGAAGAUUGAAGUAAUUUAUUAGCGAACAAAUUGUAAAAAGGAGAGCCUCGUCCGCGGGACACUCGUUCGCGAAAGGUCGUCGAGAUGGAGACCGAUUAAGGAUGAAAAGCAAGUCGUUCGACUUUAGAAUGCCAGGUCAGAGAAUAGCGACGAGCGUUAGCGUACUUCGAUUGCGGGGGCGUUGUAAAGUACUUCAUUACCAUCGCAAUAGCGCCGUAGAAACGUAAGCAGGUUCACGAAUAGGCUUGUGAAAUCGAUGUACUCGACCUUGAAUCGCCAAUGCGACCCACCCUCGACACUAUUUUUCGAAUAUUAUUCCUCGUUUCAUCGAAGUUUCUUUAAAUACGCAUUCGCGAUUCAGGAUCGACCCAGACGGCACCGUGCCUCGACAAUCCAAUUAAUAACGGAGACCCGAUUAAUUCCACCCCUUGCGCUCCGACUAAUUCCCUUCAAACUUUCUCUGCUUCGUAUACGAACCCGUGGAACAUAUUCCGACAUGAACAGAGAGAUCCGUGAAAUCGUGGAUGAUCGCGCGCAAGAAAGGGAUCACGGGACGCACGGACGUUAUGCUCAAAACGUAGCCAAAGAUGAACCAAACCGAUCGCCAUUUUACAACCGAUCGAGUCGCACCAAGCACGAGCGGAAUAUUUCUUCUACACCCUCUGUUCGGGCGAUAGGGACGAAGAGGAGGAAGAGAGUAGACGAGAAAGUAGCCCUCGACGAUCUUCCCCAUCGACGCCUGCCACGCAGCGAAACCGGGCGCCAUUUUACUUCCAUUUCGCGUGGAUCGUCCGCCAAGAUGGCCGCCAUCCCGUCGGACGAAGCAACUAGUCGUCCUCAAAACAGCGUACACCGAGUUACUGCCAGCGAGACACGCCAUGGGUCGAAUUAGCCUCGAUUGCCUCGAUGACCAAGAAGAGAAGAGAAGAAGAAAAAGGAAGAGAAGAGUCGAAGAAAGAGAAAACGAUGUACGAUCUAGUCAGCAUCGCUCGAAGACGAUGGGCGUCGAUGAAAGUGAAAGGCCUAAGCGGGGAAUAUCUUCAACUCGGCACGCGAGUUACGAACCACCAUUUGGAAUACCGUUCGCCAUUUUGUCGAUGCCGCGGCAGCGCCUAGAUGUCGCGUCACGCGCGGUCCCUUCGAAUUUCGUUCUCGCCAACGUCUUUUAUUUUUCCUCUCUACCCUCGGAGACGCGACGAAUAUUUAUUCUUCUUUGCAAAAAUGCCGAACAAUCGUCGGGGCAACCGAACGUGUCGCGACAUCUACGCUCCUCGCGCGGGAAAUUUGAACUCGUGUAGAAGGGAGACUGUUCGACGGUGUAAACGUUGCAAAAUUUCUCUUUCUUUUCGUAUUCUACAGCGGAAAAUUCGUUACGGGAAGGUACUUAAUCGACAGUUAAGUCGCUUUACACGGUCGAACGUUCGACACGUUGAUCUCAUCUCGACGGAUCUCAAAAAGCAGCGCGCUCGGUACGGAACGAGAACGAGGAACGAGUGGAACUGCGGAGCGGAAACGAACCGAAUUUUUGCGUGCCUCGCACGAGACACGCGCUCGAACACACACGCACACGACAGACACGUGACCAGGGUUCCACUUAUCUCGUGAACUGCACAAUUUUACCCAUCCACGAGCAAAUAAAACCGAUGGACACCUGAACUGGAGUCACGUUCCUCUGUGUUCGCACUGUUUCAUCCCUGACCUUGCAAAUAAUGAGAAUAAAAAAAAAAAAAACAUACGAAAGAACCACGAGACGAGAAACGAAAUAUCAAAAAGGCAAAAAAAAACAAAAAAAGAAAAAAGAAAAAAAGGGAAAAAAGCGAAAAACGAUUAAAAAUCUGAGUCUACACUUCUUUAUAUCGAGACUUUUAUUUGAUACUACCAUUUUCUUCGUUCCACGAGUUUUUUACGAUCUUUUCGUCCCCGCGAUAUAGGGUUGAAAUAUACGUCCCUGGCCACGUGGCUGAGCCGAAGAAAAACCUAAUCGCUAGGAAAUCGAUCAGCGACGCUUAGGGAGGUAAAGACGCGCGAAAUCGUCGCGAGCUGA